GCAGGCAAGCUGAACGAGACGUUCCGAUGGCGGCAGCUGGACUUCGACUUCCCGUCGGACGCAGAGCGCUCGGCGGCCAUGGCGACCAAGCGCUUCCGGCCUUCCGACAACGUACCUGUGGGCGUCGAGGUGUGGGGAGAGCGCGUCUUCGUCACGGUGCCGCGCUGGAAGGCCGGCGUUCCCGCCUCGCUCGCCUACGUCCGCAGAGACGACCCGACGGACAACCCGAAGCUGCGGCCGUACCCUGACUGGUCGUGGCACGACCUGUCGCUGCUGGAGGGCGCCAACGCGUCCGUCGAGGCGCCGGUCAUCGUGUCGCCGUUCCGCGUGCGCGCUGACGAGUGCGGCCGGCUGUGGGUGCUGGACACCGGCAUCGCAGACAUCCUGGGCGGCGCCGCCACCAGGGUGCUGCGGCCGCCCGCGCUCCUCGUCUUCGACCUCAACACCGACACUUUCAUCCGGCAGAUCACCUUCCCAAAAGAGGUGGUGAAGGAGGACUCGCUGUUCGCGAACGUGGCCGUGGAGGUGGCGCCCGCGCUCUCCGGCGGCUACGACUGCGAGGCGACCUUCGCCUACGCGGCCGACCUGGGAGCCUACGGACUCGUCGUGCACGACUGGGCGCGCCAGACCACCUGGCGCGUCUCCCACAACUACUUCCACUCAGACCCGCUGGCCGGAGAGUACAGCGUGCUGGGCACCGAGUUCCAGUGGACGGACGGGCUGUUCGGGCUGGCGCUGUCGGCGCCGGACCUGCGCGGCCACCGCACGCUCUACUUCCACCCCUUCUCCAGCACCAACGAGUUCAGCGUGCCGACGCGCGUGCUGCACGAGCCGGGGGCGGCCCACCUGCACUUCCACGACUUCAAGCUGCUGGGCUCCCGCGGGCCGAGCACGCAGUCCUGCGCCUCCUUCAUGGACGAGGAGUCCGGCGUGCUCUUCUACUCUCUGGUGAAUAAGAACGCAGUGGGCUGUUGGAACUCGAAGCUGCAUCCGAAGACCUACACGCCGGAGACGCAGGGCAUGGUGGGCCAGGACAACGUGACCAUGGUGUUCCCCAACGACAUGAAGGUGGACGGCAACGGCACCCUGUGGGUGCUGACCGACCGCAUGCCGCUCUUCCUGUACUCGGAGCUGGACCCGGUCGAGGUGAACUUCCGCGUGCUGUCGGCGCCGGUGGAGGCGGCCGUGGCGGGCACCGCCUGCUCCGCCGCCGCCCCGCCCCCGCCGUCUGCCGCCCCCGCGCCCGCCCCCGCACUCUGGGCGCCGCUGGCGGCCGUCGCGACGCUGCUCGCAACCUCGGCCGCCGCUGCCGCGUGAGCGCCGGCGCCGGCGUCGCGGUGCCCCGGCAGCCGCUGAGGUCGAAACCGCAGUGGCAGCUUCCUUCGUCCGCUCAAAAGAACAUUUUUCUAAUCGCGAAGCACAGACUGUCUUUCCAAAACCCGAAUCAUAUGUCAGCACGGAAACUCUUCCCCAGUGUUUUAAGUGAUUGCAUCCCGCCUGAAAAUGUCAGUUUUACUUUACUUCUGCUAUUGUACAGUUUCGGCUUUGGAGCAUUUUUAAGUAUCCUGAUAAAAAGAACCGAUAAGAGUGUAGGGUCUCAAAAAUUAUUUAAAAUUUAAACACAAUGACAAACAAGAUCAUAAAAUAUGCCACGAUUAAUAAAAACUUAUUGGACAUUUGAAGAAUGGAAACGGAUAACUUUCCAAGUGUCAAACCUCACAUUUGUCAGAACGAAAAGUCCAUGUGUCUAAGUCAAUGUGUCUCUGUUUGUACAUAACAGGUUUGUAUCAAAAAAUUGAGAAGGUAUUCUGAUAACACAGUAUUAUGCUGCUCGCCGCAUCACCGCAGAAGAGACAAAUUAGAAAAUAAAUACUUUAUUAACAUCGUUCUAUGUUUCAUACCAGGGAACUGACUUGUUCUCAGGGCUAAUAAGAAAGUCUUUACAUAUUGAUUCUUACAAAGAAGGAAAUAAUCACCAACCAAUGUUAAUAAUGGCAUUUCUUUACACAAAUGGCGCCGUAACAGGUUUCUAACUGACACGUUCAUCUUGAGACAGCUGUUCGCGUUUACAUUAGAUUUGUUGUUGAUUAGUUAGUUACAUGUUCCAUAGAUCAUUUGAGCGAUUCUUUUAUCGAAAUGAUGUGGAACGAGUCAGUUUACAAGAUAUGUAUUCAAGUAAACAUCAUUAGUGUUACCUUUAAUAAACACAUUACUAUUUUUAGUCCCACUUACAGGAAAUACACUUAAUUUCUUUUUCACUGGAUACGAGUUUUUAUGUAGAAAUUCGUCACUGGAAUGGGAGGAGUGUCCAGAAGAAAUGAUUUUAAAUUAGUUUUACAAUUUGCUUUCCUCAACACCUGUCUGAGGUCUGACAGCUUCAAUAAUGGGUAACAAAGGUUAUUCUUUCCUCUAGUGGUGUAAGUAUGGACGUCACUGUUCUUGUCAAAUUGUGAUAGAUUAUUUAUGACGAGUUUCAUUAGCGAAUAUAUGUAUUGCGGCGGCGCAUUUAAAAUGCCCAGCACCUUGAAGAGGUACCUACAUGACGUCUGUGGGAGAACGCCGCUCGCUUUUGUGCAAUUCAUACUUGCUUUCUUAGUGAUGAGUUAUCCCAGAAAAUUAUUCCGUAAGACAUUACUGAGUGGAAAUAUGCAAAAUACGUCAGAAGCUUCGUAAGCUUGUUUCCAAGACUAGCAGUUACAGGAAGAGCAAAGGUAGCUAUACUUAGUUGUUUGAUAUACUCAGUAAUAUGGUUCUUCCAUUUUAAGUUUCCAGCACUAUGUACAUCGAAAAAUUUGGAGCAUUCUACCCUACUUACUGACUCCUGCUCAUGUGCUACAUCAAUUAUUGGCAUGACUCUAUUUGUUGUACAGAACUGGAUAUAGUGUGUGUGUGUGUGUGUGUGUGUGUGUGUGUGUGUGUGUGUGUGUGUGUUUCUUUUUUCAAAAUUUAGGGAGGGUCUAUUUUCAAAGAACCGUUUAAUAAUUCUUUGGAAAAUAUCAUUUACCAACUCUUCUGCUGCUUUCGCUCUUAUGGGAUUUGUUAUAACAUUAGUAUCAUCUGCAAAAAGUACAUAUUUAACGAAUAGGAGUGGCCCCAAAAGUGAAUCCUGUGGGAUGCCCUUUGUGAUUUUUCCCAGUCACUAAAAUUUUCUACCUUUGCGACAAUGUCUGAGUUAUUCAGCACUAGCUUUUGCAUUCUUUUCAAAUAUGAUUCAAAGAAGCUGUGCGUUAAGACCACCAGUUCCAUAAAACUUGAGUUUUUCUAAGAGCAACAUGAUUUGCACCAUCAAACGCCUUGGAAAGAUUACAAAAAUUACCAAGUGAUGAUGUAUUUUAUUUAAGAGUUGUACUCUUUGAUGAGUGAAUGCAUAAACAGCAUUCUUAAUCAAGCAACCCUUUUGGUACCCAAACUGUGACACACUAAGUACAUUGUUUCCACACCAGUAAAGAAACUGGGAGGUCAUUGUUUAAGUCUGUCUUGUCAUUUUUCUUAUGAAGUGGUUUAACAACUGCAUAUUUUAACCUUUCUGGAAAAAUUCCUUGUGCCAGUGAUACAUUGCAUAUGUUGCUAUGGAAAUUACUUACUAGUCGUUAGGAAACACGGGUCAAGAACUAAUGUAAACCACAAUCAAAAUAAUAUAAAUGUGAAGAUCCGUUUGUAAAUGAACCCGUCGAUUCGAAACCGGUAGCGGUGCUAUUUGUGUAAAUAAAUAGUACAAUUAACGGUAGCUUGUUUUUGUUUUCUUCUUUGCAAAAAUCAACUUGUAUUUUCUACGUAGCGACCGUCUAAAAAAUGUCGGUAUUCGACAAAGCAGCAGGAAAAAGUUUUUGUUCCAAGUAUUAUUAAUACUGAGGCACCACACUUCAUUAGUGAUAAUACAAAUGCAGAAAUACAGCAUUAAGUUUGUAACAAGUCGAGCUGUAGUCAACAAAAACCACUUCUCAUAUCUUUUCAAGUUUGGAACUCCAGAGGGAAGGACAAAUUGGCAUAAAGAUCGUGUACUUUCUACUGACGCAUGUCUGAGAGACUUCCUCGAUGUUUCAGCAUGGGGAUCAAGUCUAGGAAAAUGCAACAGAGUACCGGGAACACAACAGAACUGAAAACACGUUUUUGAAAAAAUUGACAGUUUGAACGCUUUCCAUUGCCACUCUUCAUUUGUAGACAAUACAUUUAUCAAAAAUCAGCGAUGGCACAUCGCGCCAUACUAGGUUCUCUUUUAUCAUUCCUCCGCCAGUCGGGGUGAGGGAGGGGUGGCAGGGGUAAAUUACCGCUCUCCAGUGACAGCAGUAAAUAAAAUUUACCAACUGUUUCUAAAAAGACGUAAAACAAUGAAAUACGAGCAUGUUUUAGAAUUAAUACGUACAUAUUUUAGAAUUAUUAAAAAAGACCUUUGUACGUUCAAGACUUCAAGUAAAAUGCCUUUUUUUUAA